AUGACGAUCGAAUCAUUCCGAUCGAAUCUCGUGUGCUUGAUCACGCGAACGUCCCUCGCAGCUGUCUUUCGACGGUCAGCCGCAUCCUGCAUUCUUACCCCUAUCCGAGACACUGCCGUAGAAUUCCUCAGGGCCACCUCUGCCAUGUGGAAGGAGGUGCAGCGAUUUCUCGAGCAAGGCAUGAUUGCAACCGCCGAACGUCGCGUACGCGCCGCUGAGGUGGACUACCUAAGAGCCUGUGAAAUCAAAGCUCGUUUUGAUUUUGACGACCUCUUGUGGGACAAUGAAGAACUCCUGGUUGCACAACUCCGACGCUCUUGGGUUAGAGAUUCUGCUCCACCUCACCAAGCAGUUUUGCAGCUUUUCCUCCUACCGGCUCAUCGUCAUGAAGGGUAUUCCUCGUCGCCUUUCGAUGAUCUGGGACGAUGCGAGCGAAAUUUUCGCUUGUCUCCAUUACUUGGGAGAGGUGACGAGCAGGAUUCAGAUAGGCUUUCAAAGUCCCGAAUGGCGAGCGUAUUAUACACAAUGAAAGGACGUUACCAAUCCCUUCAUCCAGACUUGCCCUUACACAACAAUUACCGCUCUCAGGAACUUCCUAUCGACCCCGAGUAUGUGGGACUAUGGGAUCCCGAUGAGUCUGUGUGGAAACUGGUAUUCAUUCUGGAGUUACUAGAACAGUCGUAG